AGUGUCUGUGCAGCGGGUUGCAUGCGAGCGAGCGAGUGAGUGAGUGUCUGUGCAGCGGCGAGCGAGUGAGUGUCUGUGCAGCGGGUGAGUGCAGAGAAUGGCAGCUGUGAAGAUUCGACCCGCACAGCCUGAAGACUGUGAAGACAUAAUGCGCAUGAUUAAGGAAUUGGCAGAAUACGAGAAGUUACCGGAGCAGGUGAAAAACACAGCAGAAGGGCUCCGACGGGACGGCUUUGAACAGUCCUCGCCCUUCUUCAAGUGUCUGGUGGCUGAAUUCGGAGAUGAAGGCAGGAGAGGCGGCGGCCCCGCGGUCGUGGGCUACGCGCUCUCGUACUUUACAUACAGCACGUGGAAGGGGCGCGCGCUCUAUCUGGAGGAUCUGUACGUCAUGCCGGAGCACAGAGGUAAAGGGAUCGGCUCCCGGCUCCUGGCGGCCGUGGCGGAGUUAUCCGCGUCCCUGGGCUGCUCUCACCUGCAACUCGCGGUCCUGGAUUGGAACAGUCCCGCCAUCGCUUUCUAUCUGUCCCGCGGAGCUCGUGACCUCUCCCAGGAGGAAGGCUGGCGGAUCUUCCGGUUCCUGCCCGACGACCUGAAACGCGUGGCCUCCGGCCCGGACACCUCCGACGGCUGACCCCCGACACGCUACCAUCGACCGUAACGAUUUCUGAACCCAGCGUGACUUACCGGCCUCUGUGCGCGUGGCAGAACGUGGCUACGAUGUGACGUAAUGUAAUCUGCGUUCCAUUAAAUGAUGUCACGCGGC